AUGGAAAUUUGCAUUAAAAUCGAACCGAUACCCGGCGAAUCGCCCAAGAUGUUCGGCAGGCACUUCGACGAAACAGAUUUUUUAGUUAGCAAGAUAUCUCGUCAAUCGAUAGACGCUUGCAAGGACUAUUUCCGCGACGAUUUACUAAAAACCGACUGGCAAUUGAUGGUAGAACUGAAGAAAAUCUUCCAGAUACUCUAA